AUGGUCUAUGCGGGGUUUGGGAAGAGGCCGGGGAAGGCGAGGGGCCUGGAUGGGCUUGAGCGAAUUGAACCCUGGGCGGGGGCCGACAUCUACAUCCACGACGAGCACGGUGCCCUUGUGGCCACAAUCUCGUACAAUAGCGCAGGUCGUCGCAAACACAACCUGCGGCUGGGGCUCGUCGUCGAGUCCUGUGGAUCCCGGCCGGCUGUGGUUCGAUGGAAGGCCUCAAGGGGCACAAUGCACGCCGAGGGGCUUUGUUGUGGCAACAAGAACUCGGGAUAUGCCAGGGGGACAUCGCACUAUUCAAUGAAAGGAGGGGCAGACAUGUCCGCAAAGAAGUUUCUCGUCGCCACGGAAAAGGCCUUCACCAAGCCACUGCUGCAGGAGCUCGCCAAACGCAACCCCACCGUGGCGGCCUCCCUGAUGAUGGCCAUGCCAGAGGUGUACGGGCCAAAUUCCGAUGAGUUCCCCCUGCUGUUUGCCACCACCAACUAUCAAGUCGUCGUUCAGUCCGACCCGUCGGACGACGGCGUAGCCGGCGAGCUGAACCCGCACACAGGACGCGCCAUAUGGAAGCUGACCCCAAAGGAGGAGCUUCCGGAGGAGCUUCAAGCCCGCAAGCUAUGCGCAUGGGCGGCAGGCUACGCCGCCGCUCCGCCAACCGUCGUCGGCGAGUGGGUAUUUGCGCUGCCAGAGCAAGGCUUCUACUUGGUGCUGCAGCCCGACUGCAUGUGGACGUGGAUGCCUGACAAGCUCCACGGAACGGAGGUGCUUGACACGUCCGGGGGCAGUCGCCACACAGCUGUUGUGAAGCUGUCCCUGGCGCCGGCCGCGGCCAUCCGGAAAUACGGCCUCCCUAAUGAAGAUGAAUAA